AUGAUGAUGCGCAAUUCAAUCACUGCACUUGGACAUGCAUUCUCAUCCAAGAAUGUGUCUCCUCUCCUUUUCACACACAAGAAUUUGUUAGCCAUGAAUUUGACAACCAUGUCCAAUUGGACUCUCAUGAACAACAAUCAACACUAUUAUCAUUUCAAUGUGAUUCAUCACAAUCAACAACAACCAUCUUCGUCGACCACUUUCUCUGAAAUGCCAACUGUCAACCCAUCAUCCACACUUGCUGAAGAGAGUUCUAAUAACUCUCAAAAACCUCUCUUCACCAAAGAAAUGGUUCUCAAACACUACGAAAACCAUCACGUUCCACUCUCUCAUUCCAAAUUCCACUCCUAUGGCUCUGAACCUUUCAAUGAAGUGUCUACACUAGAUUCCUAUCAAGUCAAACGUUCCUACGAACCAAAAGAUCUCACCGAUCGAGCUGCUCUCACCCUCAUGAAAUUCCUCCGCGUGUUUGUCCAUGCCUUUUUCGGUGAUCGUUAUUUGCAUCACUCCGUCGUGUUGGAAACAGUAGCCAGUGUUCCCGGUAUGGUUGCUGCUUGUUUGAGACAUUUUUCCUCAUUAAGAAAUAUGAGAAGAGAUCAUGGCAAUAUUGGAGUGUUACUAGAGGAAGCAGAAAAUGAACGUAUGCACUUGCUGACUUGGAUGAGUCUCACUCGACCUACACUCACCGAACGAUUACUCGUGAUGGGAGCUCAAAUUGGAUUUACUUCUUUCUAUACAUUGGCAUAUGUGAUUCAUCCGAGAUUUUGUCAUCGAUUGGUAGGAUAUUUAGAAGAAGAAGCAGUGAAUGCUUAUACUGAAUUUUUGGAGGCCAUUGACAAGGGUCAAAUUCCAAAUACUCCAGCUCCAGAGAUUGCAUUGAAAUAUUGGAAUUUACCUCCUGGAUCGACCAUGAGAGAUGUGGUGUUGGUGGUGCGUGCUGAUGAAUGCAUGCAUCGUGACUAUAAUCAUGAUAUGAGUGAUAAGCAUCGAGUUGGAUUAUUGAUUUAA